GUAUUAUUUUAAUAGCAAUGUACUGCAGUUUCUUUGCUUAAUGUUACCAUAUAGUUUUCAGUUAUAGAGUCAAUACAAAUACUUAAUAGUGUUUAUUCAGGAAUUUGUUUGCUAUGUUUAACGCACAACAGCUAUUGUAGAUUAUUUCAAAUGACUGGUAAUGUUUCUCUAUUAUUGUGAAUAUUUCUGAAAUAUUGAAUUCAAGGGCUAGCUUGCGACUAUAUUAAAGAUAACAAGCGCAACGGACAGAUAACUCGCAUUCUUCAAAAGGAACGAAAGUACAUGUCUUGUGUUGAACAGGAGAGAAUAUUCAGCAAAGCACAACGUUCUUGUACACAACAACAAAAAAACUGUCUGAAAAACGUGACGUUUCGCCAGGCCCGAUUGGCUGAAAAAGUGGGUGGAUGCGCCAAUUUCAAGAUAGACCAUAAGAGAUAAAAGAUGUAAGGCAUGCCUCCCACCCAUCGGUCAACGAGUCGCAGUUCCGACCGGGUGAGCAGUCCGAAAAAAGAGCGACGCAGCCGGUCCCGCAGCGGCAGCGGCAGGAGUCGCUCUAGAAGCCCCGCAAGUAAAUCCGGCAAGCACAACGGGAACUCUGUCAAAGAGGACCGACGGGCGCGGUGGUGUGACUUCAGGGAUAGGAGCGGGACAAGGUUUUACGCGGGGAACUCUCGAAGCCGGUCCCGGUCCCGGUCCAGGGAGAGAGAUUCGUGGCAGCAGCAGCAGCGAGACGGGAGACACGGCCACGGAUCCCGUUUCGACCAUUAUAGCAAAAGGGAUGACGCUAUACGGCAGCGACAAGAUGUUUUAAUUGCUAGGCGGCUGCAAGAAAGAGAGAGGAUCGGGGAACUAGGGGCACCAGAAGUCUGGGGCUUUUCGCCGAGGGUUAGAGAACCAGAUUCUGAUGAGCAUACCCCUGUUGAGGAUGAUGUGAAAAACAACAGCACUGAUUCGAGCUCAGAAGAGGAAAAGAAGAAAAAGAAAAAGAAGAAAAAGUCCAAAAAGAAGAAACACGGGAAGCAUUCAGAGGAUAGUGAGUCAGAGUGUGAAUCUGACGAAGAGAAAAAGAAGAAAAGGAAGAAAAAAGGAAAAAGCAAAAAGAAGAAAUCAAAGAAGAAGAAGAGUAAGCGUAGCCGGAAACAGUCGAGCGAUUCCAGUAGCGAUCAGUCUGAAGACGAAGAGGAGGACCAGAAUGGGGAGCUGUGGGUGGAGAGAACCUGCAGUGAUGAACAUAUUGUUGGUCCUGAGGCUCCCCUUACCCACCUGUCCCAGGAUGACAAACCUCUCAACUAUGGCCAUGCGCUGUUACCAGGUGAAGGCGCUGCCAUGGCAGAAUAUGUGAAAGCUGGAAAGCGUAUCCCUAGAAGAGGUGAAAUUGGCUUGACCAGUGAUGAGAUUGCCGCCUUUGAGCAGUCCGGAUAUGUUAUGAGUGGAAGCAGGCAUCGCCGGAUGGAGGCUGUGCGUCUCAGAAAGGAAAACCAGAUCUAUAGUGCAGAUGAAAAGAGAGCGCUGGCAUCCUUUAACCAGGAAGAGCGCAGGAAGAGGGAGAACAAGAUCCUGUCAAGCUUCCGGGAAAUGGUGUACAGGAAAACAAAAGGCAAAGAAGAAAAAUAAAGCAUUCUCCUACCACAGUACCAAAUCCAUUUUCCUUAUAAUUUAAAAUGUUUUGUUAUACAAAUACAGAUUUAAAUUAUUCUUAUGGUAUUAUUGUCAUUUUAUUGAUGUUACCCAACAUUAUAUUAUUUACAGAGAAACCCAUGGUAUGCUGCCCCACAUUGUGUUUAUUUUAUCACUGAAAUUUACAGAAACAUAUUUGUAAAUAUUUCAGUAUUGGAAGGGGUUCUGACUUAAGUUUAAGGCAAAAUGAGGACAAUAUUUACAAAAUAGAUUUUCUAAUUUAAGAGUAUUUCCCCAGAACAUUAAUGUGUAUUUUUGUGUUGUGUGUACAUAGUGAACAGAUUCCCAAACCUUGUAAUCCCAGAAUUGUUUUAAACAUUAAUAUAAUUUUUUUCAAAUGAAAACCAUUUUCAGCUCUCACUAAGUGAUCUGUAAUCUCAUAAUACAUGGUGCACUUACCAAUAAAAAUGCAUGCAUCUGUGUAAUGCUUACAAUUUCUGCAAUUUUCAGUAAUCCUGUAAAUUAUCCUGUUUUUUGAUACAGGAAAAUGAUAAUGUAUGUUAUUAGAAGUUGAUGGUUUCUUGAAGUAGAGUCUUGCUCUCAAUGAUGUCUUUUAGCCACUUUUCUCUAAAACUUGUUUUUCCUGGCCUGUGAAAUGGGGAAAAAAAAGUCAUCCGGAGGAAGUUCUGUAUUGAACAGAGAAAAGACAAGACGUGUUUAAGAUAUACCUGUGUCUCAGCCUGCAUGCUUCCACAACAUAAUACACUUCUACUGGUAAGCUCUACAGGUAGAGGGAAAAAUAGAUGCAAAUGUGAGUAAUAAAUUAUUUUACCCGUA